GUUCAGCAGUGCAAUGGGGCAGACUGCUUUAGUAAAACCACACUUAUUUUAUUACCAGCUUUCCAGUUAACCAUAUUAUUUUACUGUGAAAUAAUUUAGUUUGGACUUGCUUUAAUUUGGAUUUAUUACAAGAAUGAAAGCAAAUAUUUCAUGAGCCUAAUUUUUCGAAAAUGGCAGCCCCCAAGGAAGAUUACGAUGUUUGUUUAGACAAGUACACCUACAUUUUCAAUCCCAGUUUACUACAAGGUAAAGUGGCAUUUAUAACUGGUGGUGGAUCUGGAAUAUGUUUUACUGUUGCUGAAAUUUUAAUGAGACAUAAAUGUGACACUGUUAUAUUGAGCAGGAAAUUAGAAAGAGUCCAGAAGUCGUCCAAGAAGCUUGAGGAAGCUACGGGUCAAAGAUGUCUUGCAAUUCAACUGGAUGUUAGAAAGCCACAAGAUGUGCUUGCAGCUGUCGACAAAGCUCUCAGUUACUAUGGAAGAAUUGACAUCGUUGUAAAUGGUGCUGCUGGGAAUUUCCUUUGUCCUGUGGAGAGCAUGUCCUUUAAUGCGUUCAAAACUGUCAUAGAGAUUGACACAAUUGGAACCUUUAAUGUCAGUAAGGCAGUUUAUGACAAGUACUUGAAGGACCAUGGUGGUGUAAUUAUCAACAUCUCUGCGACUUUGGCGUAUAAAGGUCAAAUGUUACAAGCACAUGCUGGUCCAGCUAAAGCAGCAAUUGGUAAGAGUUUUUCACCACAAAUAAUAUUAUUACUCCCAAUGAUGAUGUAGCAGCAUGCUACAUAA